AUGGUACAAACAAGAAAUCGACCUUCCAUUCCCGUUCCACAAGCUUCGGCUCCGACAAUCCCCCUGCCGUCUGCUUCGCUGCCAACCGAAACCUCCAACACUUUCCACCCUGCCGCACCUACAUCGACUAGUCCACCUCUAGAUUCCAUUUUUCAUGCUCCUCAUGAAUCUGCAGAUGGUAUUCAUGUUCCAACAUCAAACCAUUAUUCUACACUUACAUCCCCAAAUCUCCAUCACCAUGAAGAUGUUCACAACCCAUAUUUUCUUGGCAAUGGUGACCACCUCGGUCUUAUUCUUGCAUCUCCAACCCUAACCGAGAAAAAAAUUCCAUCUUGGAGGCGUGAUUUCCAACUCUCCAUCGGGGCAAAGAACAAAAAUUCUUUUCUCAAUGGUGAUCUCCAACCUCCAGCUACAACAAUUCCUAACUACAACUCAUGGCAAGGAUCCAAUCAAAUGGUAAUGUCUUGGCUCCUCCACUCUGUUUCACCUGAAAUUAAGACUAGCAUAUUGUAUCUUGAGACUGCCUUAGCCAUGUGGACUGAGUUGAACAACAUAUUUGAUCAAGGAAACAGGCCAAGAAUAUUUGAGCUCUGCAACACUCUCAUUAGCCUUCAUCAAGGUGACGAUAUGUAG